AUGUUCGUGCUGGCGGACAUCGAGGACACGAUCAGCGUGCAUCCUUCCGCAUUCGGGCAGCCUUCUCUCACGAGCAUCUCGGACCAGAUCAACAUCAAGUACGCCAACAAGAUCCUUCCCGACGUCGGCCUCUGCGUAUCGUUAUUCGACAUCCUCAGCUGUUCGGAGGGCAAGGUUCGAUUUGGCGAUGGCUGUCUGUACCACCACGUAACCUUCCGACUGGUUGUCUUCCGUCCUUUCACGCAGGAGGUUUUGACGGGAAAGAUCAAGUCUUCGGACGAAGCAGGGAUCCGCAUUACAAUGGGCUUCUUUGACGACAUUUACGUCCCGGCUCAUUUGAUCCCCAAGCCUUGUGCUUUUGACCACCAGGAACGCGCUUGGUUCUGGCUCUACGAAGCACGCACAGACGAAAUCGCCGCAGACCCUCUGCUCAGCCAUCCAGACGAACGAAUGUACCUCGACACUGCGGAACAGGUGCGCUUCACCAUAGAGUCCGACGAGUUCUGGGACGCCGAACCAGGCCCCAUUGCAAAUCCCACCACAGACUCGGCACAGUCGUCAGCUUUACACCACAACCAACAUACCGCUAAGGAAACCAAGCCACAUUACAGCAUCACUGCUAGCAUCGCAGGCAGCGGCCUAGGUUUGGUCUCGUGGUGGACCGGCGCAGAAGCAGCAGCCCCGCUCGAAGGCGAAGAGAUGGACGCAUCCGCAGAACCACUUCAGUAG